AUGUUAUACGGAAUUUCGGCACUAAGUGUACUUCAAAAAGUUUCACAGAUAGGUGCCGUCAGACGUCGGUGUGAGAUAUAUCCAUUGACUUUAUUUCAAAUGACAAAUGAAUAUAUAUAUGAUGUCGAUAAUGAUUCGUUAAACCUUGAAAUAGAUGAAUUAUGUUCCAGUUUUCAACUGUACAAGUUUAACUACGAUAAAUACUAUUUAGAUUCACAUUUUCAGAAAUUGUUUAACGCUGUUGAUAAAUGGAAACAAACAAUGAUAGCUCGAAUAACAAAAAUUCAUGCUCAAAAACGCGAAGAAAUUCGUCUCUGUCAGCAGCAAACAGUAAAAGAGUAUGAGAAACAAAGGAUAAUACUAAAUGAGCAAUUUACAAUACAAAUGAAACAAGUUAAUAUUGAACGCAACGAUUUUGAACUCUUAAAAUCAAAAUUAAAAUUGCUAAAGGACGAUUUAGGAGAAAUGAAACAGGAAGAUAAAUGUAAAGCAAUUCCAUUUGAUUACGAACAAGAUGAAAAACGAAUAAAAAAUCAACCAAUUACAAAAGGUUUAUUCAAGCUGCAAUCAUGUCAAACAUUUGAACUUGAUACCGAAUAUACUAUGAUGGCAUCUUGUGACUCAUCUUGUCAUCUCCUUCUUCAUGAUGGAAAAUAUUUGAAAUUAUUCUCUAGUGAAUCACUGCUAUCUAAACUUGAUUUACAACUGCAUGGUCCACAACAACCUCGAAUAAUUGACAUGUAUUGGUCUAAUGAACUAGAAAAAUAUUUAAUUCUUUAUAGUCAUUCAUUAUGGCAAUUAGAUUCUGAAAUGUCAUUUGAAAUAAAAAAAUUUUUUUCAUUAGAUGAAAAAUACUUGUCAUUAACGAUUAAUGGACAAGAUUUAUAUUUGUUAAAUGAUAAAAAUAAUAUUGAACGAUGGAUGCUGACAAAAGACACAUGUCAACAAAUGAGAAUCUUUUCAAAUUUUGAAGCACCGGCAAACAAAAUUGAAUAUAUUCGAUCUUCGCCAAUUUAUUUAGUAUCUAUAAUUCGUAAUACGAAUAAUAAUCGUCGUUCACUAUGUAUAAGAGAUUUUUCAAUGAAAUUAAUUCGUCGACUCGUCGCUGAAUGGAAUAUCUAUUCGAUAUCUUACUUUCGUGAUCAUCAGUGGUUUGCAUCGACAUGUGAUUGGCGUCUAUACUAUUUCAUUGACGAUGAUGAUGAUAAUAAAUUUGUUAAUUUACAUUACAUUGAUUAUGGAAAAUUUAAAGUUAAAAAUGCAUGUACAACAACAUUUAGUAGUGGUUUGAUUGCAUUAAGAACAACAUAUCCAGCCACAUUACAAUUAUGUAAAAAAGAUUUAACGGAUCAGUAUUUUUGUAGUAUUUUUUAA